AUGGCGAAUUUAGAGGAAUCAAGCCCCCUUUUGCCAAACCAACAAGAAGAAGAACAAAUGGCACAGCCUGAAAUGAAAUCCGGGGGCACCGCUAAAACUACAGCUCCUCCGCAUGUAGAGGCGGUGAAACAAUUGCAUCCGGAGGUGCCGAUGGGCUGGCCUGCUGAUGGGCUGCCUCUGAGUGUGAUGGGUUUAUUGGGUAGUAUGGCCCCUUGCGUGCUCUAUGGAAGCAAUGUCGAGAGAGUUGGAUACACUCCUGGUACUUUUAGUAAUCACUGCUUGCCAUACACUGCUCUUUAUUUGCUUGGGAAUUCUUUUGUUGGCUGGAACUGCCUCGCACCCUGGUUUUCUUUUCCCGUUCGUUCUGCCAUUCGCAGGAAGUUUAACCUAGAGGGAAAUUGUGAGGCGCUUGCCAGAUCCUGUGGAUGUUGUGGAAGCUUUAUGGAGAAUGAGGUUCAACGUGAGCAAUUCGAAUCUGCCUGUGAUUUUGCAACUCAUGUGUUCUGCCAUGCAUGUGCCCUUUGCCAGGAAGGUCGUGAGGUUCGUCGCAGGCUUCCUCAUCCCGGAUUUAAUGCUCAACCAGUCUUGGUCAUGAUUCCGCCUGGGGAACAGGCCAUGGGUCAUGGGGUGUAA